AAGCAAAGUUUGAUUCGUGAAUGAAUCAUUCUUUUGAGUCGAAUCUUUUCAAUAAAUCACUUGAAACGCUUCAUAAAACCGAUCUGAAUGAUUAUAUUUUGAACCGAGACCGUCAAAAUCCUAAAAACUAGGGAGGUCAUAUAAGCAUUUGGAGUGAAACAAGGAUUUGACUCAAAAGUACGUUAUUUUAGUACCCAAAUAUCAGUUAUGAGGACCUAAUUUUGUGUGUUUUAUCAACACACAAAACAGAUUUGGUGUUUACAUUUUAAUUAUUUAAAUUUUAUUAUCUAGACAUGCCAAAACCUUUUCAACCUUAAGACUUAAGUUAUUUUUAUUAGCUGAAUGUCUGCUUUUAUGAAUAAAAAUUAAUUUAAAGUGUCAUUUUUAUGUUUUAUGAAUGUAAAAUGUCAUAGGUAAGAAGGACCACGUACAGUAUGUUUUGACGUAAGGCUUCUAUCAGUUUUGUGAACCGAUUCUUUGAAACUGCUCAAAAGAACCGAUUCGCGGAAAUGAGUCGGACAUACCAUCACGAAUAGGGGGGUUGUUGUUGUUUUAAAAUAAACAGAAUUUGAAUUCAUUCGAGCAAAGGUACUGAUUUAUAUGUUUUCAAAGAAAAACAAUACGUUUUUAGAUACAUUUCAGACAUUUUUAACAUAAACAAAUGUCUUUUUACAUACAAUAAAAACAGCCCGGUGAACAGUCACCCUCCCCGUUUUGAAAGGAUGAAGACAAAGGCUACCGGAAACCGGACUCCAUAGUUUUCGUCAAAUGGCUGAUUUGUAUUCAUGCGAAAUCGUUUGUUUUCUCCAACCAUUAUCGUUUCGUUUUUCAAAGUCUUUUCGUCGAGCUUUUUCAUGGAUUUACAUUUAUGUUUACUAAACAUGUGUCGCGAUCUGGAAACAGUCGUUACAAAGACCUGGCGGUGCAAAUACAGCGUCUACUCCGACGAAAGCUGGUUAUUCCAAGCGAAUGAAUCUCUCAGCAAGUUUUAAAUGCAACAAAGCGCGUUCGUGUUUUAUUUUUGUUGUGCGUUUACUUCGUUCGGACAUUUCUCCCGGUAUUUUUUUGUACAUGCGGUCCUCGCCGGCAGAAGACCAGACUAGUAACUUCGCUAAGCUAACGAGCUGCUCUUAGAAAUGGAGAUCCACGUCUCGAGCCUUUUCCCGGAGAUCUUAGCGAUGAUUUUCAACUACCUGGACGUUAAGGGCAAAGGCAGAGUCGCGCAAGUGUGCACGGCGUGGAGAGACGCAUCGUACCACAAAUCGGUCUGGAGGGGAGUAGAAGCCAAACUCCAUCUGAGAAGAGCAAACCCAUCGCUCUUCCCCAGCCUCCAGACCAGAGGGAUCAAAAAAGUCCAGAUCCUCAGCCUGAGGCGCAGCCUUAGCUAUGUUAUUCAGGGCAUGCCCAACAUCGAGAGCCUUAACUUGAGUGGAUGCUACAACCUAACGGAUAACGGCCUCGGUCAUGCUUUUGUGCAGGACAUCCCCUCAUUGAGGAUCCUCAACCUCAGCCUUUGCAAACAGAUCACCGACUCCAGUUUGGGCAGGAUUGCGCAGUAUCUGAAGAACCUAGAACUGUUGGAUCUCGGUGGGUGUAGUAAUAUCACCAACACGGGGUUGUUGCUCAUCGCUUGGGGCCUUCAUAACCUCAAAAGCCUGAACUUGAGAAGCUGCCGGCACGUUUCGGACGUGGGCAUCGGGCACCUGGCCGGCAUGACGCGCAGCGCCGCGGAGGGCUGCUUGAGUUUGGAGCAUCUCACCUUGCAGGACUGUCAGAAACUCACCGAUCUGUCGCUCAAGCACAUUUCCAAGGGCCUAAACAAGCUAAAAGUCCUGAACUUGAGCUUCUGCGGCGGAAUUUCCGACGCCGGCAUGAUCCACCUGUCACACAUGACCCAACUCUGGACUCUUAACUUGCGCUCGUGCGAUAACAUCAGCGAUACGGGCAUCAUGCAUCUUUCCAUGGGCGCUUUGAGGCUGUACGGGCUGGACGUGUCGUUUUGCGAUAAAGUGGGCGACCAGAGCCUGGCUUACAUCGCGCAGGGCCUGUACCAGCUCAAAUCCCUGUCGCUUUGCUCGUGCCACAUCAGCGACGACGGGAUCAACAGGAUGGUCCGGCAGAUGCACGAACUGAAGACGUUGAACAUCGGCCAGUGCGUCCGGAUCACGGACAAGGGCCUCGAGCUCAUUGCGGAUCAUCUGACGCAGCUGACCGGGAUCGACCUGUACGGCUGUACCAAAAUAACCAAAAGGGGACUAGAGAGAAUCACGCAGCUGCCCUGCCUUAAGGUGUUGAACUUGGGACUUUGGCAAAUGACCGAGGUCAAGGGUUUAGGAGACGCCUCUGAGAUCCUGCCCUGCUACGCCUCGUAACGUUUACGCUACCUCAGUGUCGCCAGUGAUGUCUUGUUUUUCUAGAGACGUGUAUUAUAUUAUUAAGACGCACAGUCGCAGCAUCAUGUACUUUGUUACUAAGCCUGUUUGGAAAAGGGGCUUGAUGUAGUUCAAAUUGAAUCAGCAAUAAAACACUGAACAGCCUUCCUAAUGGUAUAGUCUGAGUUAUGAUGGUUCCCUUGAAUGCCUUUGUUUUUCUGUACUUUGUUUUAGAGCUUCAUAUUGAGGUAAAAUGUCUUUUAUUCUCAUUUCCACUGACAAACGCAUUUUGUCACUGCCUUUGAGUAUUUAUCCUGAAAUACCAGCAUUAUACUGUAAAUUGGAGAGAGAGAAAAAAAAAAAGUUUACCAUGUGUGGACAAGGACGGAAAACUUGCUUGUUCGUUUUAUGUGAUUCCUCCCUGGUAAAAUGGAACAUAUGCAAUUUAAACUUUGUUUAAAGAAAAAAAAAAGGCCAGUUUGCUUGUUAAAGACUUACAAGAUGUCUGUUUAUUUUCCUAUGAUAAAUGAUUAAAGCUAAAUUGUUUUUAACUAAA